AUGGAGAAGGAUGCAGAUGGAUUCUAUACACCCGUAGUACCUGCAGAUCCAGCUCCCCCUGCUGAGCCGGCGCCCGCACCACCCACGGAACCACCCACACCCGUACCUGACCCUCCAGCAGAUGAAGCUGUGUCCCCAGACAAGAUCGGUAGCCCUUCACAGUCGGCCACCGAUCUCAUCAAGUCUACAUUUGAAGUCCAUGUCACGCUAGCGGAUCAGCAACAAGAUCCAAAUUCACCACUUUUCAGCGCAAAGACGUUUGAAGAGCUUGGACUACAUGGAGAUCUGCUCAAGGGUCUGUUCGACAUGGGCUUCACCAAACCGUCCAAGAUUCAAGAGCGCGCAUUGCCUCUCCUUCUCAAAAACCCCCCACAGAACAUGAUCGGGCAGUCUCAGUCAGGCACAGGCAAGACAGCCGCCUUCGUGCUCACGAUGCUCUCUCGCAUCGAUUUCUCCAAAGACAAACCACAAGCGCUCUGCCUUGCCCCGUCUCGAGAACUCGCGCGGCAGAUCAUGUCCGUGAUCGGAACCAUGGGCAAGUUUACGCCUGUGCAGACCGAAUACGCGAUCAAGGACCACCUUCCGCGUGACGCGACCAAGGUCACGGCGCACAUCAUUGUGGGCACGCCUGGGACGAUGAUGGACCUCAUCCGACGCAAGGUGAUCGAUGUGUCGGAGGUGAAGGUGUUCGUACUGGAUGAGGCCGAUAACAUGCUGAACGAAGACGGGCUGGGGGACAAAACACUGAGGAUCAAGAACUUCCUUCCGCGAGGAGGAGGAACGCAGAUCAUCCUGUUCUCGGCCACGUUCCCAGACCACGUCCGCAAGUACGCGAACAACUUUGCGCCAAACGCGAACAAAAUCGAGCUCAAGCGCAAUGAGCUUUCGGUGGACUCGAUACGGCAGUUCUACAUGGACUGCAAGACGGAGGAGCAGAAAUACGACAUACUUGUCUUGCUGUACCACAUCCUGACGAUUGGGCAGAGCAUCAUCUUCUGCGAGCACCGCCACACUGCCGACCGCAUCUCGCAACGCAUGACGGCGGAGGGGCACAAGGUCGCCUCGCUGCACGGCGCGAAAGACGGAAACGAACGCGACGCGAUCAUCGACGGGUUCCGCGCGGGCAAGGAAAAAGUGCUCAUCACGACGAACGUGAUCGCGCGCGGGAUCGACAUCCUGCAGGUCAACAUGGUCGUCAACUACGACCUGCCGCUGCUCUACGACGGUGGGAACCGCAACACGCGCCAGCCCGAUGUCGAGACGUACAUCCACCGCAUCGGUCGGACGGGCCGAUUCGGCCGCAAAGGCAUCUCGAUUAACUUUGUGCACGACAAGUUGACGUGGGGGCAGAUGCAGCAAAUAGAGGCAGCGACGGGGAAGAAAAUCAUUCGGAUCGAGACCGACGAUCUCGACGCGAUGGAGGAGCAAAUGAAGAAGGUGCUCAAGUAA